CAUCAACUGCGUCGGACGUGCAUCGCGCGUAAAAACGAAUUGUUAACUUUAUUUAAGUUAGUAAUAACCAAAUUUAACCAAACUACAUUUGAAAUGUUUAUCGACAGCGUAAAGUAACAGAAAUUCACCGCCAAUACAAGUGUGAGCAGCAUGCAAAUAAAUACACAUUUAAGCGUUGUUUAGUCAGUUAAGGUCUCUAAAAGCCGUUUAAGCUUGGCUUAUGUAGCCAAAUACAUAUGCAUGUGUGUAUGUAAAAGUGUAGCUUGCCGGGCUGUGUUCGUGCGGUUGUUUUUCAAUAUCGUUGCCGGUGAAUCGAUAUAUUUGACCAGUGUAAGGAGUUAAACGACGCGCGUUUUAUUUCUUGAGCAAAAGCUGAAAGAAGUGCAAAAAGUAUCCGUGAAAAAGUGUAAACCCACUUUGGCUCUUUGAUACCCUGGAUCUCAGUCUUUAGCGGGCAUACACUAGCAAGUCAUCGUCUUCGUUAUGCUGUACAGUAAAAUAUGGCAACGUCGACACUUUAUGUUGCUGGGGUGACCUGUUUGGGGUUUGUGUGCUUUGCCUUGGCAUCUGUCGCCAUCGGCAUACCCAUUUGGGGUUACUACGACAGUCCGUCGGGUGGCUAUGACUACGAUCGCGGCUAUUUUGGCCCCUUCAAAGUGUGCAAGCAACUGACUUACAAUCGUGAGAAAUGCGGCAACGACGUCUCCAAGUUCAGGCUGAGCAAUGCGGUUUUUGUCAGCGGACUCUUGGCAGUUGGCAGCUCAGCGCUGCUGGGCAUCUUUUGCAUAUUGUCAGUCAUUCAGCACGCGAUGAUAUCGUCGCGGGAGAAGGUUGUCAUGUCCUACACAUCGCUGGUCAUUGUCAAACUCAUAUUGGCCCUGCUGGGCGGUUUUCUGGCAAUAAUAGCCACAGUGCUGUUUGCACUGCAAAUCGAUGAACAGGAGCGCUUCGGUUUCAAAAUAUCGCGUGGCAUCUCCUUCUAUCUACAGAUAGUUGCGAUUGUCUUGACCAUUGCAUUGUUUGUUGCCGCUUUGUAUGACGUCAUUUUCUCGCGCAGCUCUGGUGGCGAUCCAACAAUGGCGCUGGACGCUUCUUCGCCGGCUAGUGCCACCACCUUCAACAAUCCGGGCUUUAAAGAGCCCCGCAGCCGCAAUGGCGUCUCGGUGACAGACGCCUCGGGAAAGCCAUAUAGCGGCAUACGAAAUGGAGCUGGAACUGCCGGCAGUGUGGCUUCUAUGAGUACCACCGUAACCAGCGUUUCGAAUGGCUCCACGCUGGAGUCUGUGACCCGUUCGCCACUGCGCUCCAGUCUCAAAAAGCCACGUCCAAGGCCCGAUCCAACGCUGGGCAUACAAAAUCCAGGAUAUUCCGGAUCGGGCAGCUCACCGCCAAUGCGACGCAAUGGAAGUGUGAAAAAGGUGCGCAUUCAAACGCACAGCACGGAGGUUUAAUGGGGGGUUUGGGGCAAUUAUUCCCAAACAGAUACGAUUUUCGACAAGAGCAUCAAUUUGAAAUAAGAACGAUAACAAAAACAAUUACAAAGACUGUGUAAUGUAGCAACAACACAAAACGGCACUUCAAGAAACACAAAACCAAUGGAAAAGUUUCGGGAUUUUCUUUUUAUAAUCAGAAAAUGAAUUAAUAUUUGCAUAAACAAAUUGUUUUCAUUUGUCUUCCACACAAUGCCGCAAUGUUUUCUAAACAAAGGAAGAAACUAAUUUUCAUUUAAAUUCUUUAUAUGAAUUUUGUAAGCAACGGUUUCCGUCCAAGGGCAAAGUCAAAGUAGUUAAUUUAAUUUCCAUUUGACCUUUUGUUUGGUAUAUAUUAUUAAAUAUAUUGUUAACCAUUCUUCAAGUGUCCUUAAGACAUAUGCCCAGUCCCUACACAUGCUACAAAUCAAAUAGAGAAUACUUUAACAACUUUGUAUCGAUUUAGAUAUAGAUUUCAUUAAUUUGCAAUGUAAAAUAUAAACAACUGUUGCUAAAGUUACCACAUAAAAAUACAUACUACAAUUAAGCUUGUUUGUUUAAAAA